CUCAGCCCGAAUUCGCCGCGGUGGGGACCGGACCCGCCUAGCAGCGCCCUCACCGCCCUGCUCCGCGAACCCGCUGCGCCUUCUGCCGCCCGCCGCCAGGUCCCGCAGUUCCGCGGCGCUGCCAGGGAGCGAGCCACUCGUCCUCACCGAGUCCCAGAUGGCUUCAGUGACCGAUGCUAAAGCCGGAGUCAAAGAUGCUUCUGACCAGAAUUUUGACUACAUGUUCAAACUGCUCAUCAUUGGCAACAGCAGUGUUGGCAAAACUUCCUUCCUCUUCCGCUAUGCCGACGACACCUUCACCCCAGCCUUCGUCAGCACCGUGGGCAUCGACUUUAAGGUGAAGACAGUUUACCGCCAUGAGAAGCGAGUGAAGCUGCAGAUCUGGGACACGGCUGGACAGGAGCGGUACCGGACCAUCACCACAGCCUAUUACCGUGGAGCCAUGGGCUUCAUUUUGAUGUAUGACAUCACCAAUGAGGAAUCCUUCAAUGCUGUCCAAGACUGGGCUACUCAGAUCAAGACCUACUCCUGGGACAAUGCGCAGGUCAUCCUGGUGGGGAACAAGUGUGACAUGGAGGAAGAGAGGGUUGUUCCCGCUGAGAAGGGCCGACUCCUCGCAGAGCAGCUUGGGUUUGACUUCUUUGAAGCCAGCGCCAAGGAGAACAUCAGUGUGAGGCAGGCUUUCGAGCGCCUGGUGGAUGCCAUUUGUGACAAGAUGUCUGAUACACUGGACACAGACCCCUCCUUGCUGGGCACCUCUAAGAAUGCCCGUCUCUCGGACACCCCGCCGCUGCUGCAGCAGAACUGCUCGUGUUAGGCGAGGCCCACGGUUCUGAUCUCCCUUCAUUGUGGCCCCACACCCACUCUGCUUCCGCGUUAUACUCUGUCCACCCCCAGCUGAUUUGCUGCUGUUCCUUGCCUGCAGUGAAGGUGGAAGCAUGCCCCUGGGGUUCUCUACAGACAGCCCCACUCACAGACACUCAGCACUAGACUAACUAGGUCACAAUGUGGGCGGAGAUUUGUUUUACAAAAGGAGACUCCACUUUAUGAAGGGGAUUCACUACAGGAACUUGGAAAAACCAGUCUCUUUUCUGCCUUUAAAAUAAGAUUUCCUCCCUUGAUCAAAAUUUGACAUACACUUUUCAGGGCCUGGCCAACUGUGUAAAGUGAGACACACUUGCAUAGCUAAUCCUUUUAAACAAGACCUCUCCAUACACAACCUGCUUGUUUCCUAUCAGGCUCCCUGUGGGGCUUCCUCUCACCGCUAGACAAGCCUUGUUUCUCAAAGCCCUCGCCUGUUACCACGGAUGCCCACAGGGCCUGGGCAGUUGCUGUGGUGACAGGCCAGAGCUAAUCUCCAGAGAGCUCAGCCUCUCUAAAUGAUGCUGAAGGAGCAAAGGCUGAGUCAGAAACACACUUAAAAGAAAAAGAUUAUCUCCUGCAAAAUGUCAAAGGUUCCUGCUAUAUGAAAGAGCAAGCUCAUGAGCUCAAGAAAGACAAAGAGAAGAAAAAAAGAGAAACACAGGCAAGAUAAAGAAACAGGUCACUAAUUUCUGAUUUUGCUGCUUUCCAGCAGGUUCUUAACUGCGGGAACUCCAUGACAUUGGUCAUUUGUUUUUAGACUCCCAGAAUCUGGAAAACUUACAAUUGGUGGAAUCCCAAAUUUUACCACUUCUCACUAGUCAAUUCCAAUCUUCACAUCUCUGGCAAGCUUCACAGCUAAAUCUCUUCUAAAGCAUACCUACUAUGCAGGGAUGGGAGCCCAGUUUCCCCACCAUCUUUGGGCAGCUCUCAUAAUCAGAAAGUUUUCCUUGCUUUAAGCUGAAAUCUGCCUCCUGGAAAUUAUUCUUCCUCGUCCCACCCCAUUUGUACCAGCUCUGCUGUCAGAGACUUCAUAGUUUCUGCUCCAUCUGCCCUGUGACACCCUUAGAUGAUUUGAGAACAGAAAUCAUGACCCCUGGAAUCUGGCCUUUCUCUAAGUCAAAUAGUUCUAAUCCCAUCUGCCAUUCUUCUUAGGGUCCUCUCCCCAUCCUGCCCUUCCCUUCAACCCAUCUUUCAGUCACUCCUGAGUAGUCCAGCUGGGAAAUAUGACUCAAAGCAGAAUAAAUCUAAGGGGGAAUGACCCUGAAAAAAUUGGGAAAAGUGAACUCAGAGGUCCCAAUCCUAACAUUAUUCUCCUGAGAGUGAAAGCUUAGUUUCUACCAAAGAGCAGAUGUGGAACUACUUCUGGUGGAAGCCACUUAAUUAAACACCCAAAGAAAACAAAAAACAAAACCCUCUGACACCAGAAACAAACUGAGUGCAUUAGCUCAUGGUUCUAGCUUGUUUGGACACAGGCACGUGUUUGGUGUUUAACUGAAAUAAUGAGAUGGAGCUAGCAAUGACUGCUGAAAAUCUUUCCUCCCGGUCCUGGCUUGAAUCCCCAGCUUCCCCGUGCACUAACAUGCCACUUCAAAAGUCAGUGGGAGAGGAGGGAGAGUCUCUGCCAAGUUUUCUCUCCAUUUUAAAUGCAGCUGAUUGACCUAGGAAAGUGCAUUAACUAGCGACAGGUCCAAUGACUACAUGAAAGGACCCUUCAGGGUCUGCUCUGUGGCGAUGUUGCCUUCUUUGAUGCAGUGCAAAGGAUGGUUCUUUGGACUUGGAGUCAGGAGACUCAGGCUCUGCCCUUAAGUCAAGUGUAACUCUGGACCAGUUAUUUCCCAUCACCGAGUCUUGAUUUCCCACUUAUAAAAUGAGGGAGACUUUUUGGGUAAUCUUUUAGGUCCCUUCUGGCACGGAUAGCUCUGAGACUUUUUUUCACCUUCAGCAGCUCUGCUGAUCUGCAAAAUAAACCCACGAGAUGAGGAUUAUCGCGCCAGUAGCACUGUAGCUAACACUGUUGUCCUGCUGACUUAAUACUAGGCCUUGUUGCCAGCACUUAACGUGUAUUAACUCAUUUAUCUUUCCAACAUCUUUGUGAGGGAGGCACUAUAAUCAAUCUCAUUUAAAGACAAGGAAAUUAAGGAACAAAGAGGUUCUCUAGCUUGCCUAAGGUCACAUAAUGAGUACAUGGUAGAGCUGGGGUUCAAACCCAGAAAGUAGGCUCCAAGGUCUGUGCUCUUUACCACAUUCUGUACUACAUUUCUUAUAGAUAAACUGUGAUCCAAAGAAGUUAAGAGACUUGGCCAAGAUCACACAACUAGCAAGUGUUAGAGCCACACUAGAAUUCAAUCCCAAGGCCGUCAGAUUCCAAGUCCACGGGAGAAAAGACUUAUGUCUUCAAUCUGUUAAUAAAUUUUUCAACUACUCAGACUAAUCUGAGGUGAUAGCUGUAUAAUGCUUCUGGGAAGGAGGCUCUGAGGCAACCAGGUCCCACGGACCUGAGAAAAAAUGCCCGUGUUUCUGAGGCCUAAGUGCUGACUUUCCCUGUAUCUGCCUCUGCCAGGCAAUGCUUAUCUAGCUCUCAAACAGUGCGGCGAGCAGCCUCCCUGCAUCAGCAAUGGGUCAUUUUGGGGGCAUAACUUUAUAAAGUUCUCUGACAAUGGAAGAAUGUGGUCCCUUCCCAGGGCAGUAUUUCUGAAUGUACUUUUUACACUGUAAAGUCCUAUACAGGUCAGGAAUAAUUACUAUUUCUCUGGGCAGUAACACCCAUCUACCCCAGUGCUAGGAUUUCAGAGAAAGCUCCUCAUGACCCAUGGGUAUGUUAGUACAUAUAUCCAAUAAUUCUUUUUCUCCUACUGAGUAUCCAGGCAAAAAUUGAAUUUUUAACUUAAAAAUUGUCAAAUUCCUUAAAACUCAGGUGCCAGUUCAAGGGAACAAGCAUCUUCACAACAGAUGGAAUCAAGAGUUAAAUGUAAUAGUGGCAAACUCUUCUACUGGGCAGCAAACAGAUCUGCUUGUUAUGGCAAUUCCCCACCCCUGCUCUGUGACCUCUUUUCUGCCGAGUGGAAGGCAGCAGCUUCCAGCUGAUUGCAGAGAAUGUUCAUCAAUCAUGGUAAUAGUGCAAUUAGGUUCGAGCUGCAUAAUAUGUGUUAUGGCAACCUGUCCCAGUUUUCAUCUUGCUUAACAUUCCAAAUAAAAGAAGAUAAAAACAAAAAAACCCUCUUGACCUCUAUAAAAGGCAAAGGUAGGCCAAAAGGUGCAAUGCAGUAUUGUAGCUGUUUACAGGAUCUGUUUUAAAUGCAUGUGUAUCUGUAAAUACAAAGUGAUUGGUGACUUCC